UUUAUCACCAGAUACCUUGUGUACAACCAACCCGCAAACUUAGCACAUCAUCCUUUCCUCUUUUCAAGUCAUAAAUUCUCGAGUUCAUGUCAUGGCCGAGGUUCUAGCCGUCGUUGCAAGUGGUGCAGGGCUGGCAUCUCUCGCGAUCCAACUCGCAGAUGGGAUCGACAGGCUACGGAAGCGCUGCGAGAACUUAGAAAAGCUUCGCGAUAACAUCGGCACUCUGAUCGAAGAUCUUGAAAUUAUCGUUGAGCAGUUGCACAACCUUGAGGGAGAUCAAAGCGAGAUAUUGGAAUUCAUGGCCGUCCCAACAGCCCUUGGCCGGUGUCAAGCAGGCUGUGAGAACGUGAUCAGAAGGCUGGAAACGCUCAUCGCAGGGAUUCCCAGUACGUCCUCUGGAGGGUCGAAGACACGAAUACUACGAACACUAUUCAAGUCGAAAAAGUUAAAAAUUGAAUUCGACGAGCUGAGGAGUGCGGUACAUGGCCUCCAAUUGAAUUUUAUUGGGAUCCAGUGUUUUCACCAGAGAGCAUUCAUGCAGAAGCGUAUGCUCUCGGUAAGUACUCAAAGAGAUGAGACGCUUGGCAAAAACAUCACAUCUUCAACUGAAGCCUCCACAACAAACCUUGAGGUAGACAAAAACGACUCCCAACUAAUGCUAGAAACUGUUUCAAAUGAGCCAUUCUGGCGAUCAAGACGGCAGCGCCUUCAAUGUGCAGUGUUACAAUGUCACUGCUCCUGCCACUUCACUAAGCAAAUCAGCAGCAGGUUCUGGUACAUUCAUUACAGUCCAUUGGCCCAUAUAUUGAAAAACUGCGACACUGUAACAUGCACGGCUCGUCGUCAUCGCCUUCAGUUUCGAGUCGCAUUAUCUCAACUUGGAAUCCCAUGGGCAGUAAUACUGGGAGUAAAUCUAACCCUGGAGGUCGGAAAGUUCACACUCUAUCCCGACCUACAAUUGCAGAGAGUUGUUAAGUACACCUCUCCGGGAUUUGAGAUUCUUUGGAAACUUUCCGAGGAACAAUUGGGUUGGGAUGAUGCAGAAGCACAAUUCAGAGAACUUUACCGAACGGAUCCAACUUUUUGUAGCCAAGUUGAUCCUAGUGGACGCGGAUAUCUGGAGAAAGCUAUGGAAGCUUUGGGAUGGGUCAUGGAAGGCGGCAGCAACUUCGACAACCUACUUCGAGUACUACAACUCUUCGUCAAGGAGUUCAACAUGUCUCUAGGUCUGGAAAGUUCUGAAUUUUUGUACGCUUCCGCUUCUCACAACUCGGAAGGUUGGCAUCUUCACGUCCUAGAGAAUGUUCUAGAGAUUGGCUACGACUUCGACAAUUCCCCGGCUCCGCAAUUUGAAUCAUGGCCCAGGCCUUGCGCAGAUAAUCUAGGAGGAGAAUUCUCAAUGCCUCUUAUACCGCAGGACCCAUUCUUCAUUGAAUAUCUCAGCGCAAUCGUUCGUACUAAUCAAGACUUUGGGGGAACUACCCCCCUACACCAAGCCAUCCUGCAUGGUUCCAUGAAAUCUGUCAGGAAAUUAAUUCAGCAAUCUCACCCCCUAGAGGAUAAUGUUAACUUUCUCGGUCAAACGCCACUACACAUUGCCAUUCGCAGUCCUUCAAGACUUAAAGCUCUUCUGGAUGCAGGACACGAUAUCAAUGUCCGUGAUAAGAAUGGUAUCACUCCUCUCAUGUAUGCCGCUGCGACAAAUCGACCAAUAGCCGUUUCCAUCCUGAUCCGUCGAGGUGCAGACUUGUUCAUGCAUGAUGAUUUGGAGAAUUUUGAUUUCAUCACGUACGCUGCUGUAAGGAACCAUUGGUUCUUAAUCUGGCAUGCACUUGGAGUUAUUGAAUCAAGAGAUCCAACCCUUCUUUUGAGCGCCUUCUCCAGGAUCAUUUCUGGUCCAAGGCCUCCUCUAUUCUUGGAAGAGGGCAGAAUAUGGACAAAAUUAUUCAUAUUAAGUGUUUUGUCAAUGUUGUGCAACAUUAAUUUUCAAUUUGAAGAUGGGAGAACAAUGAUGCACGUUGUUGAUCUACCUCAAUAUGCACAUAUGAUGAUUGAGCAUGGCUUCACGGCAUUGAAUGAGCAAGACAAAGAAGGCGAGCACUCACUCUUUGCGGUUACCAAAUUUCUCGAUGUGGAACUUGCUCAGCGUUUAAUCGAAAAAGGAGCCAAUAUCAACUUGAAGAACCACAAAGGCCAUGGUGUUCUCUCUCAAUUCCUUCAAAAAUUAACUGCACCAAGAGAGAAAGAGUGCAAGGAGGUAUUGGAGUACUUGGAUAUGCUUCUUAGAAACGGUGCCGAUGUCGUUUCGACAGAUAAUUGCUCUUGCGCUUGCAGUUCUGGUGGGUGUUUACCAAUAUCCAGACUUAGCUUCAAGCUUCAAGUGCUUUUUCACAGAAUUAACAAUCCAUGUUGGGUUUUUGAAUGGCUGUGUUUGCUAGAAGAUAGCGGGAAAUUGGUAGAGGCAAAAACGAACGCGUUAUCCGUAUUACGUCGAGCCAAGUUCGACCAGACAAAUCUUGUCCAUACAUGCUGCCGCUUUGGGGCCAGCAGGGAUCACACCCUCAGCGGCGAUAAAUUCUGGGACAUUUCAAGCGUAAUAAAACUUGACCGGCUGGAUGAUGAGAUGAAACUGUGGGAAUCCAAAGGAUACGAUGAGAUUAUAUCCGAACUAAUAGUACAAUUGGGCAAGCAGUUCACCGAGGCAAGUGGAUCUAUUUCAAGAGAGAUACAGGCAGAACAGCCAUUUCAGAAUGAAACCGUUAAAGGCGCGGACACCCCACCAUAUGAAAUAGAUUAUACAAACGAUGAGUUUCAUUCUCGUUUCGAUUUGUUUUUUCGAUCCUUUGAAACUCCAGGUUCUCUACGUGAACUGGGGUUAUUGGAGAUUGAAAGAGACUACAGUAACGAGUGCUUCGUGGAAUAUGUUUCCCGUUUGGAAUCCGCUCGAAAUGGUGAUCUCUCUGGGAGGAUGGUCUUCUUAACACGAUUAUCAAGUGCUUUAAAUCUUCCUUUCGGACGAUAAGUUCUCUGGCGGCUUUUAGAGAGAUGUAAUGGGGAAUACCUACAGUCUGAGGGACUCAUCUUGACACCUAUGUUAGUAUCGUAAAGCGCCCUUUGCUCUCACGGUUUCUCAGGGUUUAAUACUUAGAGCUAAGGACAUGAAUUUGUUCGCCAGGCUCUCCAUAACAUGUCUGACAGGAUCUUGGAAAAUGGCAUAUACUAGAAUACGGGCUUAACCACCCCUAGCUGAUCUGAUCCAGCUAACCCGUU